UUGGUAAGCUGCGCCUUGUGUUGUCUCGGAAAAAAAGCGAAGGUCUCGACGUUGAAUUUCGAGACCUACUUUUUUUUCGUCUCAGCACAUACCGGCUUGCCGCGAUACCAUUGUUUUCACCACGCCUCCUCAAACAAGGAAGCGAAAGGCGGCCGAGGCGGCGAUAACAGACAAACACUCCGCCACCAAGGAUUUCGUCGCCCGAUCGCAAGCCGCCACCGGACCUUCUUCCCGAAAGUCUGCCCGCAAGACGAAAGCCGCUGUUGACCUUGAGGUCGCAGACCCUGACCCCGCCACAGACCUGGCCUCCGUCGUCUCAGGGGAGUUCACGAUUUCCGCGGAAAAGAAGGGCCCUGAUUUGGUUACGCCGGCGUCGACCACUAUGGAGUCCGAUGAAGAUUUCAUGAGCGUUGCCUCUAGUGCUGAUGACUUUUUGGAUACACAGGCGAGUGAUGAUGAGAGUUUAGGGGAAGAUUUUGGAGACGACUUUGACGGUGGUUUUUCCAAAGAUAAAGAUAUCAUAUCAACCUCACGAAAACCUUACGAAGUAGACUUCAAGGUCCUAAGCCCGGAUGACAUCGAACGGGACCAGAAUCGACAGAUCAACGAGGUUUCAUCCAUCCUAAGUUUACCGCCGGAAUCGUCCGCCAUUCUCCUCCGAUAUGGACGGUGGAAUCGGGAAAAGCUUAUAGAGUCCUACAUGGAUCAUCCUGAGGAGACACUGGAUGAGGCAGGUUUAGGGACGAACUUCGAAGGCACUCCGAAGACUGAGGUAUUAUCCGGGUUCAUGUGCGACAUCUGUUGCGAAGACGGUGAUGGCCUUGAGACAUAUGCUAUGCGGUGUGGACAUCGGUUCUGCGUCGACUGCUAUCGACAUUAUCUUGCGCAAAAAAUCCGUGGGGAAGGGGAGGCGGCCAGGAUAGAGUGCCCUCGUGACGGCUGUCACAUGAUUGUCGACUCUAAGUCUCUGAGCCUGCUUGUCACAGCUGCUCUCAAGGACAGGUAUAAUACCCUAUUGACAAGGACCUACGUCGAUGACAAAGAGAACCUCAAAUGGUGCCCAGCUCCCAAUUGCGAAUACGCUGUUGAUUGUCCAAUCAAGCAGCGAGACCUCCGUCGCAUUGUUCCUACCGUGCAAUGUAACUGCAAGCAUCAUUUUUGUUUUGGGUGCACUCUCAACGACCAUCAACCGGCGCCCUGUCAGCUAGUCAAAAUGUGGCUGCAGAAAUGUGAAGAUGAUUCUGAAACAGCCAACUGGAUCUCAGCCAAUACCAAAGAGUGCCCCAGGUGUCACUCGACGAUCGAGAAAAACGGGGGUUGCAACCACAUGACGUGCCGCAAAUGCAAGCAUGAGUUCUGCUGGAUGUGCAUGGGCCUAUGGUCCGAGCACGGUACCAGCUGGUAUAACUGUAACCGGUAUGAGGAGAAGUCGGGAUCCGAAGCCCGUACCGCACAGGCGAAAUCCCGCGCCUCAUUGGAGCGAUAUCUCCAUUACUACAACCGAUAUGCGAAUCACGAGCAAUCGGCCAAGCUCGAUAAAGACCUGUACCUGAAGACGGAGAAGAAAAUGACCAGCCUCCAGUCUCAGUCUGGCUUAUCGUGGAUUGAAGUCCAGUUCCUCGACACCGCAUCCCAAGCGCUCCAACAAUGCCGACAGACCCUCAAGUGGACCUACGCGUUUGCCUACUACCUGGCGCGAAACAACUUGACGGAGAUCUUCGAGGAUAACCAGAAGGACCUGGAGCUUGCGGUGGAGAACCUGAGCGAGAUGUUCGAGAAGCCUGUGCCGGAAUUAGCGAACCUCAAGGUGGAUAUCUUGGAUAAAACGGCGUAUUGUAACAAGAGACGAGUGAUAUUGUUAUGCGACACGGCCGAAAACUUGAAAAACGGGGUAUGGUCUUUCAACGUGGACUGGUAGACUAGAACGAACACGAAACCACACACACACACACACACACACACACACACACACACAUACGACAUAGAGGGAACAGACAUAUGUUACUAAACCAUACCAAACCGGCAACCCAAAAGACCAUGGUGGGCGAAAUUAUUCUUCUGCUUUAACGACGUGCAUGACAGCGCAUAUGAAUUCUCUACCGGACAGUAUCCUUGUGAAUAUUUGAAAGAGGAGCUUUUCGCGGGUAUUAUUUGCAUGGUGAUUUCCUUUGAUUGUAUCAAUUAUCAUUUACUAUAGGGAACCACAUCUAUAUUCAUUCUAUCACUGUACUUGGCUGAACAAUAUGGGACUAUAUUUAUUUUAUUCUUAUUAUUUUAGUUUAUUUUUCAUCUUCCUUUUUCAUUCUUCCUAUUUUCA